AUGAAUGAUGAUGUAGACCGCGCUGAAGAGGGCCUGAAUAAGGGCGAUUCCUCUUUUCAUAAGCUUGGAAAAGGAAUUGUUGCAUUCGUGCGGGCGACGUUGGGUUUUGAGCAGGAAAUCAUGCGUCUUGCGGGCGAACUGCUAGCUGAGGCUGAAACGAGUGCAUCAAAUGAUCAACAUAAAGCUCAGCAUAAUUUGAAUGCCACCAAUACGUUCCGAUCGACGAUCUAUUCCCCUGGAACCGAAUAUGUCCUUUGUCGCAGCAUGGCUCAGCUCAUGGCUGCUCUUGUUGGAGUCCUGAAUGAAAGUCUAACGGAGAGCAUCAGGGCUUUCUACAAGCUAAGGAAAGCAUAUAUCGCACUAGAUAGUAUAAUGCAGAUGGAGGAGAAAUAUCUCCAGGCGGAAUCUACAAGGAAAAUGAUGUCCUCAAAUAGUUUGUUGUCAGCUAGCCACCCGCAGCCAACUGAGCCAUUACGGAGCGAUAAACUCAAAUCCACCGAAGUGAAACCUGAUGUAACUUCUGAAUUCCUCACGAAGACCUCUCUAUCACCCGAUGAUACAAAUAAGUCAAUUUCGUCUCAGGGGGACAAGAAAGAAAUCAAUGACGAUAUUGCGCUGACCUCCCAUGCAGAAGCAGGACGUGUAUCGACAGAUUUUCCAGAGAAACUUUCAUCUCCCGGACAGUAUCUAAAUCACGACCCCGAUUCUGAUAUAUUUACACACACCGUGGAUUCGUUUGUGCAUUCUGGGACAAACCUCUGCUUCGGCCUCCUGCUGCUUCUCAUUUCGAUGGUUCCACCAGCCUUUUCAAAAUUGCUAUAUAUUGUCGGUUUCCGUGGCGACAGAACUCGAGGUCUCCGGAUGUUGUGGCAAGCUAGUAAAUUUCACAACCUGAAUGGCGCGAUUGCAGGUUUGGCCUUGUUGGCUUACUACAAUGGCUUCAUUAGAUAUUGCGAUAUCAUAGAUGACUCUCAAACCGAAAGUGAAGAGUUUAUCGAGGGCUACUCGGAGAAACGACUCACAACCCUAUUGGCGGAAAUGAGAAUUCGAUUUCCCCAUAGCCGUCUUUGGCUUUUAGAGGAAUCUCGGAUGCACGGUGCGAAUAGAAAUUUAAACAGGGCCCUUGCGCUCUUAUCUAGCGACACGAAGAGCCCGCUGAAGCAGGUUGAAGCAUUAUGUAUGUUCGAAAAGAGCUUGACGGCUAUGUAUGUUCAUCAAUAUGAAUUAUGCGCUGAAUCGUUUAUCGAGUGUGCUGAACUCAACUCAUGGUCGCGAGCUCUGUAUUAUUAUAUUGCCGCAUCCACCUAUCUUGCUCUCUACCGGCAGAAUGCACAGAAGUCCCCUUUGGUCGCCAAGGCAUACGCCUCUAAAGCGGUUGAUUUAUAUAAAAAGGUACCCUCCCAAGCAGGUAAAAAGAAGUUUCUAGCCCGCCAACUUCCAUUUGACGUUUUUGUGGCCCGGAAGAUUUCAAAAUGGGAAGCACGUGCGAAGGAAUGGCAUGUUGAUUUCAUUGACGCAGUCGGCGUAGACCCAGUUGAAGAAAUGAUAUAUUUUUGGAACGGUCACAGUCGCAUGAACAAAGAGCAACUCGAAGACUCGCUGAGGCAUUUAGAAUGGUCAGAGAGCCCUCACAAUAAGCAUUGGCAUCGCGAGAGUAUAGACGAGUUUGCCAUCUUAGCUGUGCUCCGCGCUUCCAUUUUCCGGUCGCUGGGCAGACACGACGAAUCGAAGCAACUGUUACAAUCCCAGAUCCUCGUUCAUGACAAGGCAGUAUUCAAAGGCCAUCUUAAAGAUGACUGGACGUGCCCAACUGCCCACUAUGAAAUGGCCGCAAAUCUAUGGAUGGAGCGAUUCUCAUAUCGGCCACUGAGCUCAACAACUGACGUCCCUGAUGCCUCCUCACUCACAAACCUUUCAUCAAAGCCAUCACCGCCAAAUUUGCCUCACACUAAACCCACAGGCAGAGCCUUAGGUGAAAAUACGCAAUCCUACGACCGAUGCAAGGUCCGAGAGUGCAAAGAAUGGAUUGACAAGGUUGCGAAAUGGGAAACAUACGAACUCGACGCCAGAGUGGGGCUCAAAGUUACCAUGGCUGAAGAAACGUUACGGAAAUGGGAAUCAGCCAAUCCAAGCUAA